CGUUUCUGUUAGCUGAAGUUCUCUUUGCACUCCGCCUUCUUGUGGGUCGGUUGAAGGGCUUCGGAGUUGUUAAAAUACAAGCCUGACUGUCCACAAUGGCAGCAAUCCUCCGGUCUCUUCUCAACAAGAAGGUCCCCCUCCAGCUGGGCCGCUGUUACUCUGCCUCCUCAGUGCCCACCACUAAGCUGUUCAUUGAUGGCAAGUUCAUUGACUCCAGCACCUCUGAAUGGCUUGACAUUCACAACCCUGCCACUAAUGAGGUGGUGGGACGUGUUCCCAAAGCUACCCAGGAGGAGAUGCUGGCAGCUGUGGACUCCUGCUCCAGAGCCUUCCACUCCUGGUCCGAGACCUCCAUCCUCAGCAGGCAGCAGAUCUUCCUGCGCUAUCAGCAGCUCAUCAAGGAUAACAUUAAAGAACUGGCUAAAAUGAUCACCUUGGAGCAGGGCAAAACUCUUGCUGAUGCAGAGGGAGACGUAUUUAGAGGACUCCAGGUGGUUGAGCAUGCCUGCAGCAUUACAUCCCUCAUGCUCGGGGAGACCUUACCUUCCAUCACCAAGGACAUGGACACUUACACCUACCGCCUGCCCAUCGGGGUGUGUGCCGGUAUCGCCCCUUUUAACUUCCCUGCUAUGAUACCUCUGUGGAUGUUCCCCAUUGGCAUGGUAUGUGGCAACACCUACCUGAUGAAGCCCUCUGAACGGGUCCCAGGAUGCACCAUGCUCCUGGCCAAAAUGCUCCAGGAUGCCGGGGCACCAGAUGGUACACUCAACAUCAUCCACGGCCAGCACGCAGCCGUGAACUUCAUCUGUGACCAUCCGGCCAUUAAAGCCAUCAGCUUUGUGGGCUCCAACCCGGCUGGAGAGCACAUCUACGAGCGUGGAUCCAAGAACGGCAAGAGAGUGCAGUCCAACAUGGGUGCCAAGAACCAUGGUGUGGUGAUGCCCGAUGCCAACAAAGAGAACACCAUCAACCAGCUCGUGGGUGCUGCCUUUGGAGCAGCAGGCCAGCGCUGCAUGGCUCUCUCCACUGCUAUUUUCGUAGGGGAGUCUUGUGACUGGCUCCCAGAGCUGGUGGAGCGCUCUAAGUCACUGCGCGUGAACGCAGGCGAUCAGCCUGGAGCAGAUGUGGGGCCCCUGAUCUCUCCUGAAGCCAAAGGCAGGGUGGAGCAUUUGAUCCAGAGUGGGGUGGAUGAAGGUGCCAAGCUGCUGCUGGAUGGGAGAAAUGUCAAUGUUAAAGGAUAUGAAAAUGGAAACUUUGUAGGACCCACCAUCCUGAGCAAUGUUACGCCGAACAUGAAGUGUUACAAAGAGGAGAUCUUUGGACCAGUGCUUGUCGUCCUGGAGGCUGAAAGUCUCGACGAAGCGAUUUCAUUAAUCAACAGAAACCCCUACGGCAACGGCACCGCCAUCUUCACCUCCAAUGGAGCCACAGCACGAAAAUACACUCACGAGGUGGACGUUGGCCAGAUCGGUGUGAACGUGCCCAUCCCCGUCCCCCUCCCCAUGUUCUCCUUCACUGGCUCCAGAGGCUCAUUCCGAGGAGACACUAACUUCUACGGCAAGCAGGGCAUCCAGUUCUACACUCAGAUCAAGACUGUGACAUCGCAAUGGAAGGCUGAGGAUGCCACUGUGACAAGCCCGGCUGUUACCAUGCCAACCAUGGGACGCUAAGUUGAGAGCACAUCCAGCAAUAACCUGCAAUGACUUCUCAUUUGCCUUAAGAAGAAGCCCAAGGAGGGAAUUGGGGGGAAAAGAAGGUUACUUGUCCUUUUUCACACUGGGGAUUAUUGGUUGGUGAUUGUUUGAACUCUUAGAGUUGCUGCACAAAUGCAAAUUACAUGUCAUUUGGAGAUGUUGGGAGAGGAGCUGGAUGGAUGCAAUGAAUGAGUUUGUUGUGCUUUGUACCUGUUUUCUCCUGUUCAUGUUCUGUUCUGACCAGGUGGACUAUGAUUUAAUCAGGGUCCAUCAUUUUCAUGAUCUGCUGUGUAUUCUGGUAUGGCAUUUCUUAAAGCCCACAGUAGAAAUCAAAAGGAUCAGGGAUUCUGCCUUUAAAGCAGCGAUAGUCUUCCAUCAGUAUCCUCUGUGGUUCUUUAGCUUGUUCUGCUUAUCAGAGCAUGUAGAUGCUUGAAAAGUAGAGAUAAAUGGAACAAAUGGUACAUCAGAACAACGUCACAAAUUAUCUGUUACAUCUUUAAAAAUGAAAUAAGCGUUGCUGAGUUUUUGUCCUCAAAAUGUAUAUCCGUCUAUAUACUGUCCAGGGUUGGGGUUAACAUGUCUGUGUGUCGGAUAGAGGUUCAUGGUUUUGUAAUGUAUUGUCAGAGUGAUAUUUUUUGUGGCCAUAAAUGGUAUAGAAGUGAAAUUGCAGUGUUUUACAUGACACAGACUUGACAUCUGAUAUUCUUUAUAAGCUGUUAUGAUAAAAUUCCUGUGAUGAAACUGUUAGUAGUUGUGCUGCAGUUACCAUUCAGUAUGUGCUAGAAAUCUUUUCACCCAAGUAUCUAAGCUAUUUCAGUCUUUGUCCCCUUGACCUCUCUCUUAGGUCAUGUGGCUGAAAAUGAAGAGGAAGUCUGUGGUUCACUGUUUGAAUAAAGGCAGCAUUUGA